UUUAUUUUGAAUUAAACAGCAGCUGUAGCCGGAAGGUGUGUGUGAGCAGCUUCAGACGCAGUAAAAAUGGCAGAUCGGGGAUACAGUUUCUCUCUCACUACUUUCAGCCCUUCUGGGAAGCUGGUACAGAUUGAGUAUGCCUUGGCAGCAGUGGCAGCUGGUGCACCCUCUGUAGGAAUUAAAGCUUCCAAUGGUGUGGUUCUGGCAACAGAGAAGAAACAAAAGUCAAUACUUUAUGAUGAACAGAGUGUCCACAAAGUUGAACCAAUAACUAAACAUAUCGGCAUGGUGUACAGUGGUAUGGGUCCUGACUACAGAGUCCUGGUCAGAAGAGCCAGAAAACUGGCCCAGCAGUACUUCUUGGUUUACCAGGAGCCCAUUCCUACAGGCCAGCUGGUGCAGAGAGUGGCAUCUGUAAUGCAGGAAUACACACAGUCAGGAGGUGUACGUCCAUUUGGAGUCUCGUUGCUCAUUGCUGGUUGGGAUGAGGAUCGACCUUACCUCUUUCAGUCUGAUCCAUCGGGUGCCUAUUUUGCCUGGAAAGCCACAGCAAUGGGAAAGAACUAUGUGAACGGAAAAACAUUCCUUGAGAAAAGAUACAACGAGGAUCUAGAAUUGGAGGAUGCUAUACACACAGCCAUCUUAACUUUGAAGGAAAGUUUUGAGGGUCAGAUGACUGAAGAUAACAUUGAAGUGGGAAUCUGUAAUGAAGCUGGAUUCCGCAGACUCUCACCUGCUGAAGUAAAGGAUUACCUAGCAGCCAUUGCUUAAGGCCUCAUCUAAUGUUUGCAUAACUGGUUGUUGCUACAAAUACUCUCCAUAACAGCAUUUUUACUGUUUUUGUAUAUCUGUCCUGUUUCUUUCUUUGUACAAGAACACAUAGUCAUUAAAACCUGUAGAAUCUCA